UCUCUCUUACUUUUCCCAAUAGCGGAGCAAGAAAUUAGAAAGCCAAUCGUUUCAGAGAUUAGGGCUUAGCUGAAUCUCUUUAGAAAAAAAAUGAAAUUCCUUAAUUAGUAACACACCAACAACCCAACUAAAGUUUCUGUCAUUUCAUCAAACACUUUCAGCUAUUUCCAGUGGAUAGUCUGAGCAUAAUUGGCCUUUUGGCAAUGGAUAACCAAGCGCCUCCUACUCUUUUUGUUAAUGAUGGUUCAUUCAUGGAGAGGUUCAAACAACUUCAGCAAGGGAAGGGGAAGGAUCAGGAGAAGGACAAAGGUGGUGAAGAAAAGGAAUCUAAACCUAAAGCCAUUAUUUCAGGGACUCUGGCUCCUAAAUCUUCUACUGGUAAAAUAAGUAUGCAAUUGAAGACUAACAAUUCAAGCAAGACCCCACAGCCAUCUUCAGGUGGAAAACUGGCAUUUAGCUUGAAACAGAAGUCAAAGAUUAUGACUCCUGUAGUUAAGUUGGGAGAAGAUGACGAUGAUGAAGUAGAUGCUGGGAAUUUACCCAGUGAUGCAUCAGCUAAAAGGCAGAAGUUGAGCCAAACAGAUUUCUCUGAGCUAUCAUCAAAACAAGUGGAUGUUGCACCACUUCCUCCGAGUGAUCCUGCAGUGAAGAAAGCUGCUGACAGACUGGCAAGCUUUGUUGCCAAAAAUGGAAGGCAAUUUGAGGAUACUACACGUCAAAAAAAUCCUGGAGACACACCUUUUAAAUUUCUAUUUGACAAGACUUGCUCAGACUAUAAGUACUAUGAAUUUCUGCUUGCUGAAGAGGAGAGGUUCAUUUCACAGACCAGAGACUCCGAUAGCUAUCCUAGUGGUGCUACAACUACAAGUACUUCAUCUUCUAAAUUAUCAAGUGUUUCUCAACGAUCACAUCAGCAGCAACCGAAUUACCAAAUCCCUGCUUCAGCUCUAUAUGAUGUCACUGAUGGGCCUGUGGGUUUGGAGACUUCUGCACAAACAGCAUCAGCAGGAAAAACUGGUGAAUCUAGUGGAGCAGAUCCCAUAGCAAUGAUGGAGUUCUACAUGAAAAAGGCAGCUCACGAAGAGAAGAGGAGACAACCUAAACAGUCAAAGGAUGAGAUGCCACCGCCUCCUUCCCUUCUAGGCACUACUGCUCCUGGAAAGAGAGGUCAUCACAUGGGUGAUUACAUUCCUCAAGAAGAGCUUGAGAAGUUCUUGGCUACCUGUAAUGAUGCUGCUGCACGAAAAGCAGCUAUCGAGGCCGCAGAAAGGUCAAGGAUACAGGCAGACAAUGUUGGGCAUAGACUUUUGUCCAAAAUGGGCUGGAAAGAAGGUGAGGGUCUGGGGAGCUCAAAAAGUGGUAUUGCAGAUCCCAUUAAAGCUGGCAGUGUAAAGACGAACAAUUUAGGAGUAGGAGCUCAACAACCUGGGGAGGUGACUGCCGAAGAUGAUAUAUAUGAGCAGUAUAAGAAGCGAAUGAUGCUUGGUUAUCGUUACAGACCGAAUCCUCUGAACAAUCCCCGAAAAGCAUACUACUGAGGUACUUUUAUGGAAGCUUAUAUGUUUACCAAGACCUGUUUUCAGAAAAUGAAUUGUGUUUGAACUGCUUAUUAUUCUGCAGAAGAAAUAUAAAAAAUUGUAUUGCCCGACAGAAUGAAAUUGCUUAGAGAAUGCUACUCGUGAACUUGUUAUUCAAAUACAUAUUUUUUAUUUGUUUCUGUUUUUUCUCAA